CUCCAUUCCAUUGCCAAACCGAUUUGUUCUUUCCCAUGAUGAAUUCAAUGAAUGAAUGUCUUUGAAAUUUGUGGGCUAGAUCAACUUGCCGUCCCCUCGUUCCACGUACAUUGGCCUACCUACCUUAUGGCCGCUGACGACGAGCUCGAAACGGCACCCGACUCCAUGACUUGUUACAGUAUACAGCUAACUAAAGGUUUACAUUACCUAAGGUACCUUGUCUUUGCCCAAAAUAGCAUUGCAUUCAUCAGAAAAACCCUUGCAUUUUUGUAGCCUGGUCCAUAUUUUGCAUCAACAAUAAAUCUUCCGAGGGCCCCAAAGCUGUCAACCUUAAUCUGCAGCUCUUCGACACAAUGACACCUGCCAAGGUUCCUGUUACCAUCACAUUCGGCAAAGAAGGUGUCCAGCCACCCUUGUACAUAGCAGGCACAUUUUCAGACCCUCCGUGGCAACUCGAGGAAAUGGAGGUAUCUUCCGCUGAGGAUGGCAAGCACAUAUUCAAGGCACGAUUUGUCGCCAGUCCAGGCGCACAGAUUCAUUACAAGUUCAAGACGGCUCAUGGGGAUUGGUUUCUAGACGACAAGUCGGAGUCAGUUGUUGAUUAUAAGGGCUUUCGCAACAACUCCCUCAACGUCCCGCAAGUACCUACAAUCACUCAGCAACCGCCCUCAGAUACAUCGAAGAGAUCAUCCGACGGCGUUGGCCACGGUGCAUCUGCGGACUGGCUCAACGUCGACCCUUUCUUAAGGAGGUCCAAGGGCAAAUCAAGCAGCCAGGAUUGGGACGCACCACAGGACCGCAUCCCGCUAUUCGAACACGAGUGCCUUGUGCCGGAUGAACAGAGCCUUGCGAGCGGGAGCGGAAGCGGUAUCUACUCGCACACGAGCCCGCGCCACACCUCGCAGGUUGGUUUUGACCAUGAGCCGGACACGUUCGAAUUAGCAGACCCGGCCCUGGAGAAGUUCCCGUCGCGCCUCGAUGAGAUUAGCGAGCUCAUCCACAAGGUUGAGGAGGACUUGGAAGAAGACGAGACCGAGAUAGAGGGCGUGCCCCCGUCUGCCGUCCUCGGCCUGCCGAGAAGCCGGACCAAUGACAUCGUAGGCGAAUUUGUGAGCGGGUCACCCGCCGCCAACCCCGUCCCUGCUCGCCCGUCACGGCGGUUGGAUACGAUUCCCCGAAGCUCGGCCCACUCUGACGUAUCUGCCUCACUGCUGUCAAUCGCUGAGGGUGUCGAGGAGGAAGGAGAAGAGAGGUUGACAAGUCCAGUGGUCCUGCCACCUAGCCCGGGCUGGCGAGCGAAAGGUCACGGUUUAAAUCCAUUAAGCGAGGAUGAUGAAGCGGUCGUAAUGAACGACCCCAACGGCAGGGGCUCCAAACGCGGUUCCCGCAAAACAUUCUUUCCUGACGGUGCUCUCCCAAGCCCUGGGAUGGGUGAGAGUGCGGCCUCGCCGUGCCUCGACUCGACAGAGGUCAAGAUUCUGGCGAGCGCCAAAGCCCCAACUGAUGGGGCCAGCAGCAGCCACAAUGCUGCUUUGAGUCAACGCGUACAACAACAUAUCGCGGCAGCAGAGACGGCCUAGGUGGACGCUUCAUGGCAGACCGGUGCCGAGAUAAGUAAACUGGCCCGGCGAGUGAAGAUGGGCGUUGAUAAUACUGUCGAAACGAUUACUGUAGUGACGAGCGCGGCCACGGAGCUAGCCAGGGAGGGUCAUUGGCUCCGUGCUAUCUUACUGAUGAUCAUUGAGCUUAUUGAUGCGUUCCUUUCACGCAUGCUCGGAGCAUGGCGGAGGAGGGAGUAACAGAAACAACAGGUCUCUUUUCUAUUAUUCUUUUUUCUGUAGUGAUUUAAAACCACCGGAAAAGUGGGCAUUUUUAGCGUGUGACGCAAAGCCAUAAGACCAAGGCACUGGCAUCUGCAUCAGCCCGUCAAAGUUGCACUGAAUAAUUGGGUCGUUUCAUUCACUGCGGUUCCAUCAAGAAGGGUAUUGGACGUCGUUUGUGUCACUUCGGUACCGAGUGUUGAAUUCGCACGUAAUGGAAGACUAUUGUAGUAAAAGUUGGCAUGAUGAC